AUGAUGCACUUCCUGAUGGGCCAGAAGAGGAUCGCCUACAUCUUGGCCAUCGCUCAGGCCUUCAGCGUGCACACAUACGGUGCAGCAGUGCUGACUGUUCUGGGUGCUAUGGCCUAUGACAGGUACGUUGCAGUAUGUGAGCCACUCAGGUAUCAUGCCAUCAUGACUUCGGCUCGGCUGCACACCUGCUGCGCUCUGGCCUGGAUCGUUGCCCUGCUGCUUAUUGUAGUACUCUUUUCCUUCCAUAUAAAUGUCCCACUGUGUGGACAAAGGAUCGAUCACGUCUACUGCAGCAACCGUGGCAUCCUUAACCUGGCCUGCAUUCCCACUCCCACAAACAACAUCUACGGUCUUGCCAUGACCUGGACUUUGAGUACAGGGAUCUUCAUCAUCAUUGGUUUUUCCCACAUCCGAAUCCUGAGUGCUUCUGUAAAACAAGGUAGAAAUGAUAAGAGUGUCCGCAUCAAAGCAGUUCAGACAUGCACACCUCACCUUGUUGUUUAUGUCCUGUAUGAAAUCGCUUCACUGGUCAUCAUCGUGACUCUCAGGUUCCCCUCCCUCUCCCAAAACAUACGGAAGUUCUUCAGCAUUCUAGUUAUUAUUAUUCCUCCAGCAAUCAACCCCAUCAUCUGCGGCCUGGUCAGCAAAGAAUUACGCUCCAGCAUCAUUAAACAUUUCAGCAUUAAGGUCUGUCCCAAAAGACCUUAA